AUGGUAGCUUUGGUUGACCGCCGGUUACAUGAGACUGCCGCUUCCAUUUUAUUCCGAUUCUUCUGCCUGACCAUCAAGUCAGGGGUGCCUAAAAAGUGGGAGUAUUAUAGCAAUGUUCCAUGGCGCUAUGUUAAAGUAAUUGUCGUGGCAGUAUUAAUCGGCUUUACCCCCAUGUUCCUGUGCAUAUCACUGGAAGAAAUGUGUGUCUAUCACAGCGAAGACGACCACAUCAACCCGUUGAACCGUCCAUCCCUCACCUUCGGUGCCUUCGCUAUCUUUCCUCGCAUUGGGAUGGCGAGUGGGACGAGCUAUCCAAAACUUUCACGAGUACAAGCUAUCAAGCUCGCCUAA